CUUAGAAACUAUUUUUUUGUUAAGCUUUCAGUAAAGAAAAGACAAUCGAACGAACGUUAACAUAUUUAAAAAUGAAUGCUUCCAAUCUUGCUGUGUGCUUCUUUUUUGUCAUUGGAUUAACAACUAUCAAUGGAUUUAAUCUCUGGUUACCAAAUUGGUUUUCGAGUGUGAUAAAAAAUGAAAGCAGCGCCUGUUCAGAUCCCCAGGGCGUAUAUUUGCCAAUUGAAAAUAGUUGCAAUUCGUAUAAUCUAUGCAUUGAUGGGGAACUAAGACGUUUUAGUUGUCCCAAAGGAAUGUAUUUGGAUGAUAAGGCGGGCUACUGCAAAAAAGAUACACAAAAUAAAUGUGAUACAUCAACAACAACUACAACAGAAAUUAUUGAAACAACAACUGAAAAUUCAAAAAUUUGCUCAUCAUUAGAAUUAGAUGGACAUUUUCUGCCGGGAAAUGAAUGUUAUUCAUUUUAUUUCUGUACUCAAGGUAACGGUAUUGAAUUAGAAUGUCCAAGUGGGCAGAGAUUUUCGAAAGAAUUGGAAUAUUGUGUUGCUGAUACUGAGGGCGUAUGUCGUGAAUCAACUUCAACAACCGAAAAAAUAACUGAAACUACUCCAAAGAUUAGUUCAACAGAGGAACAACAAACUACAGAAGAAUCAGUUACAACUGAGAAACCAAUAACUACUGUGAAGCCAACAACUACUAAGGAGCCAACAACUACUGAGGAACCGAUAUCUUCUACGGAAGAACAAACAAGUGAAGUGCCAACCUCAGAAGAACCAUCAACUACAGAGGAGGAACCAACAACUACAGAAGAACCAAUACCUUCCGAGAAACCAUCAACUUCUGAGGAACCAUCGACUUCUGAGGAACCGUCAACUACUGAGGAGGAACCAACGACUACAGAAGAACCAAUAGUUUCUGAGGAACCAUCAACUUCCGAGGAACCACCAGCUUCUGAAGAACCAUCAACUACAGAGGUGGAACCAAUAACUACAGAGGAGCCAAUAGCUUCAGAGGGACCACAAACUUCCGAGGAACCAUCCUUUUCCGAGGAACCUUCAACUACAGAAGACCAAUCAUCAGCUACAGAUGAAGAAUCAUCAACUACUGAGGAACUGCCAGCUUCAGAGGAACCAUCAACAACAGAAGAUCCAUCAACUUCAGAAGAACCUCAAACAACAGAGGACCAAUCAGAAAUUACAACCGAUAGUUCAUUUACAGAAGAACCAGAAACAGAAGUAACCACUGACGAGACAUCAACUGAAGAUUCUUCAAAUUUGACCGAAGAACCAUCAAUUCCUACCGAAGAAUCCGACUCCCCAUCAUCAGAAGAACCAACAACUGUCAAUCCAGUAGAAGAAACGACAACCAAAAAAAGUGACAACGUCUGUGAAGGUGUAACUAUUGGAGCUGUCCCACACGAAGAUUGCGACAAGUACUACUUCUGUAAUCAAGAAAUUCCAACAGUUCAAGUUUGUCCCGAAGGAGAUUACUUCGACAAGGAAGCCGGUUCAUGCGUCAAAGAUGUAAAUGGUGUUUGCUUGAAAAAUUAAACAUAUCCCAUGCACACAAUACAUACCUUCCAUGAUGUUUGACAAUAAGGAAUAUGAUUAACAGUCCGACACAAAGUCAUCACACAUAGCGCCAAUGUUUCGUUAGGAAAUAUUGUAUAACAUAGAACAAGUUCGAGAAUAUUUAAACAUUGUAGUCCAAUAGCAUCAUCCGAAACGGUACAGCUUAGCUGGCAUGCAUUUCUGUAAAGAAAAUUUUAAAAUAAACAUAAACAAACAAAAAUGAG